AAAUUUUAGUAGAGACUGCUGGAGAACAGCAGAUAACUUCAGCUCUUACUACUUUUCUGUUACUUUGAAGAUGUGCAAUUGUAGGCUUGCACUUAAAGGAAAUCAGAGCCAUGGCAAGAGUGGGAGCAGAGGGCACUGCAGUGGAGAAAAAAUUCUCCUGCUUAUCUGGCACUUGGCUACCAGGAGGAAAGGCUGCAGGCAGCUUCAUGAGGGAGCAGGAGAGACAGCAGCGAGGGAAGGAACGUCCCAUGACGUCCUGUGAGCCUCCAUGUCCUCCUGCAAACAGUGGGUCAGUGGUGGCUGCUGCUUUUUCCAGCUCAGAUGGUCUUACCUUCCCCUUCAAAGGAGCUGAAGUUGUAUAUUUCCUGUUAUUUAUGGUGCCAUAUAAGCUUGAGACAUAAAUUGGUUUUGUUGCUGACUUCACUGUAAGUGACAAGCAGGGGUAGCCUGAAAUAAUGGGGGAAAGACAUCUUGGGAAACACUGGCAUAGGAAACCACAAGAGCUCUUUCACCGAUGUACAUAAAACCAAAGCACGACUGUUGUUUAAAUUCUACACAUAGCUGUGGAAAGUGAGUGCCAAAGUCAUGUUGUAAAUCAGGGUAGCACCAUGACUUCCAUGGGACCGUGCCAGCACGUCCCAGACAAAGACUUGGCUCGGCCUGUUAGCAGUGGUCAGGAUGUGAAAGAGCUGCCUGGAGAAGUUCCACUGGAACACAAUUUUGACUAGAAAACGAAGAUCAGAAUGAUGGGGGAAUCUGCCUCAUGGUUCUCUUGUGGUUCCCACAGGGCUUCAUCCUGGGCAGCUCCGGGUGUGCUGGAGCUCACAGAACUGCAUGGGAGCACAUGGCUGAGGAUGGUGCUGUUCUGAGGCCGUCUGCUCUGCAGGUGAUGUGGGCAACCUGGGGUAACAGCACAGGUGGUGCAGUCUGACUAUGCUCUGUGCCAGCACCACCGCUCUCUCAUCUGCUUUUCCCCUUCUGUGGCUUCAGGAAACCUCCAGUUUUUGUUUCACCAGAUUUCUGAGGUUUUUAUUUCUUGAAAUUCUUCAACGUGUUGUGAUGAAACGGAUGGGGAACUUCAGCAGCAGCUGUUGAUGUUUGUUGUGUCACCCCUUUACCAAGGAGAGACUAAUACACAGCUGCAUGUUAGAUGAUGUUAGAAAAGGGAGAGGGAACCUCACAGUGUGUCCUCGGGUCAAUUUCUGACUGCAAUUUCUGGAAGAACACAGCAGAAAUUCCAACCUUGUGGCGUUACGCUCCUUUCAUUUCUCAGAAACUCGUUAAUUUAUUUACUGUGCCCCACAAGUCCAAGUUCUCUUUAUAGAUUAACUGGUGUGUUUUGGCUUCCAUCCAUCUCUUCCUUUGGUGGAAGAUGAAUGAUACCAUGACCGUCUUUGAAACAGGGCAGGAAUGUGGUGUUUUUUGAUUAAACAGCAGCAUCAGCCCUGGGAUCUGUCUGUCUGCCAGCCCUGUGAGGCCCCCUGCUCUGUGUGCUGUCAGGAACAGAGGAUGGAAAUCUGAGUCCAACCUCUGUGAUGAAGACAGACGUGCAGAACUGCAGUAGGAUCUGGAAACCAUUUGCCUUUCUCCAGGAGGAGCAUCGCUAUGGAGGAGCUCAUUUCUGAGGGCUCUUGGAGCUGUUUAUUUGUUUGCCUUCUUUUAAUAACUAAUUGAUCCUUACAGCUGAUCUAAAUGGGAGCUCCUAAACGCAGCCACUGCCUGUGGCCUGUCAGGCUCACCAGGUUGGGUUUCCAUUGGGAUUUGUACCACCUGCGUGCACAUCAGAGGGGUGUGAAGCUGCAGAAGCAGCUGGGGGGGUCACACACAGCAUGGCCACCUCCUGCAGCCUGCUGGUGCCCCUUACAUGGCUGCCUGCAGAGAUCCUGUUUCUCAGAGUAAACCUGUGUGUGUUGUGUAAGACUCAGAGUAAAUGUCAAGUGCUGCUAAUGAACAUGGGCUGCUUUCUCGACUCCACAAGAGUUCUGUAUUUGUUGCAUGUGAACUUUAUUCUGGUGCCUCUGGAAUGUUGGCAGGGCAGGUCCUAACAUCAGGCAUAAAAGCAUUUGCCUGUUGUUUGAAAACUGUGAUUUGUUACUGACCACAGAACCCCUCUCCCAGGUACCACUGGUCUCCUCAAGGAUCCUGUAAAUAUUGUUGAAAUGUGGCUGCAGUGCAAAAUGGGCUUUUCCAACAACGUGGGUGUGGAUAUCUAAUUGAACAGCUUCCUGGAAAGCCUUCCCCAUGGCUGUAUCUGAGAACGAGACAGAGAGAUGGCCUCGCAGGCACGGCGGUGGAAUAGGAGCACUGAUGGAGCCCACAGCUGCUCCUGACAGCAGCCGUCUGUCCCCAGUGCCAUCCCUUGGCAGCACAGACCACGUCUUGCACCUCCCUGGGCGAGCAGACUCUGCGUACAGCUCUUUCUCAGGGAGUUCAAAUGUUCCAGAGUAUCACACCCCAUCGUGUUAUGAAGCAGACUGCUGUUCAGCUUCAGAGCAGGUACCGUACAUGGACUCGGAAUACGUAAGAGGCAUUUAUAACCUCAGCGCACCAAGCUCUGCUCUCAGAUGCCUGCAGCCGUGCCAGGCACCAGCCCAGGGCAUCCCUGCUUCCUCUCACAGCCCUGCUCUUGCUGAGUGCAGCAGUGGCACUCCUUCCCGUGGGACACUGGACCAGGGACUGCUGCCUCCGGCUGCACCUCCGCCCUCUCCUCCCAUGCGACUCGACAGCUACAGAGUCACCAGACACCUGGAAAGCACAAAGGGGAGAGGGAGGUGGAACUCUGGAGGUCUCAGUGAGUGCAGUGUGCAGCAGUCAGCUCCUUGCGUGGACAGCCAGCCGGUGAGUGCAUUGCAUGGCCAAACAGGGGCUGGAAGCUGUGAGCCAGCUAUGGUGGCAGCUAGGAGGAGGGCUCUGGAAAAUAAGGGUCCUUCUGGUUCUGCAGAUGGAAUAUCUAUAUCAAAACUUCAGGGGUUAAAGACAGAAGAAAAUGGAGAGUGGAGCCCAUCCCAAAAGCCUGUGAGGAGAAGUAAUCCUCACGUUUACAGCAGGCCAUCUUCCUUCAUUUUUCAAGAGUAUUUGAAGACUGAUUCCAUGGCUAACAUCCCUAAAAUUCUGUCUGCUUACGGUUCAGCUCACAUGCACAGUGUUUCUGAAGAGGUGAAGCCCAGGCCCUACACAUGUGCACACAGCAGCCCUGGUGCUGCUGGUGAUGCAGGAGGGGGUGAGCUGUGCCCAUGCAGUGCACACCGGGCAGUGCUCGGGGAUGCAGAGCUGCAAAGCCAAUGGAAGGGAUCGCCACUGUGCGCUCAGUGCCCGCUCCGUGCUGAGCUGCCUCUGAAUGUGGGUCAGGAGGUGUUUGAGGACAUUUGUGACUUGAAAUGUACGGAGAAUGCUCUCCUUAUAAAAAAUGCAUCCAGGAAGUUCAGCAUCUGUACAGAUAAAAAUGGGUGCUAUGAAUACAAAGGAGAAAUUGGAAGUGUUGUUAGGGAACCGCUUCUGAACCCACCAGGCAAAAUGCAGAAAUCGCCUCUAUCCUGCAGCAGUGAUGCUGUAGAAUUGGAGCAGCCUCCCUCUGGGAAGUUGGAUCAUGGCAAUAAGCAGUGCUGUGAUAAUACUGAGCAAAUGGCUUUUCUUACAUCAAAGGAAGAUUCCUCAUCACAGCCUGUAAAUGAAGGUUGUGCCAAUAGCAGCAGUCCUGGCCUUAAUGCGCAGCUAGAGCAAGAGCAACCUCCUGUUCCUUAUCAGAAAUGUCAGCCUGCACUUCAGCAAGAGCUCUUAAGACAGGCACUGUAUGAUCCUGCCGGUGAGCAAAUAACCAGACAGACAACUCCGAUGCUUUAUUACCUGUCUGGGGGAAGGGCUGCCAACGCCACACACCACACUAAGCUCACACAAUGUCCAGAGGGUGUGAGGAGCUCACCAAAGGGAUUUGCAACAAGCAGCCACACUGCCUCAGCAUGGAGCACAGAGAUGCAGAGGGAAAGCAGUCAGCCCCGAAAGGCUGAGCAUCGCCAGCACUGUGCCAAUGGGGAUCCCCUGAACAAGGCUGAAGACAUCGCUCUCGGGACUCCUGCUUCAUCUGUGGAGGAGAGUUCUAAGAAUGACUACAGAGAGAAACUUAAAGUGGCUCAGAAAAAGGUUCUGAGAGAAACUUCCUUUAAAAGAAAGGACUUACAAAUGAGUUUGCCUGUUAGACUGAGACAAAAGCCCUCCAAAAGGCCUUCAAUUGAGCACCUUAGAUCUUUCUCAUUGUCCAAUGCAAACGAAGAUUCCAAACCUGCUCCUUGUUCUGCUUCUCACCUAGAAUCCUUGGAAGGUUUCAAUAAAGACACAGAAAUUAAGAGGCCACAAGCAGGUCGAUUAGGGGGAAGGAAAAGGUUGACAAAAGAGGAAAAGAAACUGUGCUAUUCUGAACCUGAGAAACUCAAUCUGCUGGCAGACAAGGAAGUCCAGGGGAGCAGAGGCAGCGAUGAGAGCACUGAGCAGGAUAUGGCCACAGCCAGGAGAAGGACUUCAGAGAGCAGAGGCAGGGCUCUUUCCAGUUCGAGCAUCUCCAGGACGGAGCUGAAGCAAAUCCAGCACACUGCACUGAUGGAGUACAUGGAACGGAAGAUCAGUCAGAGACCAGGCAGCACACAGCACGCCCCACUCCAUAAACUGCCCCUGCAGACAGGGCCUUCGCAUCCUAAAUGGCCUCCUGGCAGGAGCUCUAACCUCGGUGAGAGCAGAAAGGCACCAAGCAAUGAUGCUUCCUGCCAGGUGUUCUCUGAAGAAGCAGCACCAGAUGUUUUCCCUCCUUCCUCACCUGUUCCCUCACCAGAUGCAGACGGUGGAUGCAGGACGGUGCCAGCAAAGCCCAGCCUGCAUCCUGCAGCACCGGAUUGCAGCUGCAGCACCGAGUGUGUGUCUGUGCACAGCAUCCCUCUGUCGGGUGCUGCUGCCCAGGGGAGGGAAGUGGAGCAUCCUUCCAUGCAGGCUGCAGACAGAUGUGCCAGCUGUGCGGUGCCACCAGCCCAGCCUUGUGGAAACCACAUCAGCACCCCCAGUUCCCAUGAUCCCAGGGGAGACGGAUGCCAGAACCACGAAGAUCGAGACAGUGUUGUUGGAAGCUCUCUGUGUCAGCACAGUGAGGAGCCAGCUGCCAGCAGCUCUAUCCCCAGCCCACGAAAAGGAAGCAGGGACGAUGCUCAAAUAGAAAAGAAAAGCAGAAGUGGAUCUCAGACUGGCAGUGCUUUAACGACGUGUCCGGAGCUGCAGCCGAAGGCAAGCAAUGCUGCGGCUGCUGAGGAGAAUGUGGCAAGCUGCCUUGUGCUGCCAGCUCAGCCUCAGCAAGGAGAUGGAGGUGCAGCCCCAGGUUGGGGUGCAAAGGAAGCAGCUGCACACAGUGGCUGUGGUGGUGAUCUGCAGGAGGGGGAGACGGACCUGCCCCAAAGGAGGCUGUGCUCUCCUGAGGACCGGCGUUACGAGGAGCUUGCGUUGGCACUCAUUGCCAAAGACAGCUCUCUGGUUGAUGUGCUCAUGCCUUAUCCUGUUAGAAAAACUGCUCUGGACUUGAUGGAGGGUCUUUUCCCUGUUAACGUUUCCAUGUUGGAAAUGCACAGAAGGAAGGCAGAUCUGCGACGUGCACGGGAGAAUGACAGGAAAAGCAGUGGAGAUGUGACAGAAGAAUGUCCUGAGUCUGAACUCACCGUCAAGCAAAGGAGUGAAGAUCCCACUGGGAAGGGAGACCGUGCACUGGGCAGGAGUGCAGAUGACACGAAGGACCUAGAUGACAUCACGUGUAAGAAGCUGGAGCUCAUCUCCAGCCUUAGGGCCAAAGUGCGGGUGCUGGCAGAGGACAGGGAGCUCAUCCUUGCUGAGGCCAAGGAGUGUGCAGAGCGUGGUGAGGAGCUGGAGGCUGCCGUGCGUGCUGCCUGCAAGCCCAACGAGUUUGAGCGCUACCUGAUGUUCAUCGGCGACCUGGAGAAGGUGGUGAGCCUGCUGCUCUGCUUGUCCAGCCGCCUCGCCCGCGUCCAGAACGCCAUGAGGAAGAUCGAUGGCAACACAGAUGCUGAGGAGAAGCAAUCGCUGAAUGAACGGCACAAGCUCUUGUCUAGACAACGGGAGGAUGCAAAGGACCUGAAAGAAAACCUGGAUCGCAGGGAGCGGGUGGUGGCUGGGAUCCUUGCCAAAUACCUGACCGACCAGCAGCUCCAGGCCUACAGGCACUUUGUGCAACUGAAGACCUCUUUGUUGAUUGAACAGAGGGACCUCGAAGAACAGAUCAAAUUUUUCGAGGAACAAUUAGAAAAUCUAGAGAAAAGCAUCCCUCUCUAAUAACAGCGGGCUGUCCAUUUGUAUAUGUGAUAUUUGUGAUGUUUUCCUGGGAAUCCAUGGGCGCUCACUGCACGGAGUUUGAGCUCUUGCAAUCCUGCUAGUGCCACAGUAUUGACGGGUGCUUAGAUGCUCUAGGCACAACUGGAUGUGCUUUUCCGCUUGGAUUGGGCAGGUGACAAAAUCCUGUGGUGUAGCAGACUGCACUUUGGGAAUGGCUGCUGGGACAUCUUGCUCCCAUUAAUCUGGCGUGUAUUUCCCCUUCUUGUUGUCUGUCCAUCUGUUUCCAGGUUGACAUAAUCUCAAUAAAAGAACGGCGUAAACAUUU